AUGUCAGUCCUCUUGCUACCUCUGCUGCCACACUGCGGCCCGCGCGCGCUGCAAGCGCGCGGCUGUUCGCCCCGCACGAGCCCGCCGCGCAGUGUCGUCUUCGUCGCCGAUCUCGAACCAGCCUUUGCGCAGCCCGGCUCUGGCGAGGCGGUCCGGUCUGUGCGGCUCGGCCUGGCUGAGGAGAGCGAUCUGUCCGCGGCGAUCGAUGUGCUGAUGGACGGCUUCUACAAGGACGCGCUCACCCUUGCCGCCGCCGAGUUCUCUGACGAGGAUGACGGCGCUGCUCGAGCAGAGAUGGAGCUGCUCCGCCCUCCGCUCACACGGGUCAACGGAGGCCUCAAGGCCUUCACGCGGCUGCUGCUGCGGCUGCAGGCGCAGGCGCGGUGCGGCGGGCGGCUGAAGGCGCCGAGCGCAGACUCGCCUCCGCCGCAGGGCUUCCGCGCGUGCGCUGGAGGCGGCUCGCUGAUGCUCUGUGCGGUCGAGGGCGGUUCCGUGGUCGGCGUGGUCGAGGUGUCCAUCGAGCCGAGGGAUGGCAGGGUGCCCGGCGAUGUGAGGCCUCUCCACCCGCCUUGGGCGCCGAGGGAGCGGGUGGCGUAUGUGUCCAACUUGGCCGUCGUGUCGGCACUGCGCGGCAAGGGGCUCGGCCGGCGGCUGCUGCGGGCGGCGGAGGGGCUGGCGGCGCGCUGGGGCCACGGGGAGGUGUACUUGCAUGCGUCUGCCGACCAGCCGAAGCUGCUCCGCUUCUACGCCGACCAGGACUACGCGCCUCUGCCCGAGUUCGACGCGCCACAGUGGGUCCUCGCGCUGUCAGGGCGCGAGCAGACGCGCUACCACUGCCGGCCGCUCGACAGCAGGGACGUGGAGUCGCUGGCGGCGGCGGCGGACGCGAUGCGGCGGACAGGCCAGCGAAGAGCUUGACCAAGCGCAGCGAGGGAGAGGAGGUCGACCACCCCGCCGUCCCAGCACAAACGGGAGGGAGGAGGGGGCGCGCGGACCAGCUGACGCGGCGAGGCGUGUCCGUGACCCGUGUGGCGCGCUCUCUGUGUGUGAAGGCUGGAGCCCCACAGAGUCAGACCGUGCGUGGCGGGGCGGUGGGUGGGCCUUUUCCUUUUUUAAGCCUUUUCUUCAUUG